AUGGCGAACACGUUGGAAAGACAAUCAUCGGAGCAUACGAAGUACCAGGCAAUAUGGGACUGUGGCAGCUCACUGUACGACUCGUUCGAGCUGAGAUCAGUCGAGAGGCUGCUCGACUCGGCCAUAGCUUCAAAAUCCCUUUGGAUGCCGCAUGUGUCCGGUGGCUGCCGCCACUCUCCGCAGCCGUCGAAGCUACCAGGGUCAUCUUUCCGGUGGAUCAUCCGAGCGUUUUUUAAAUUCAGGUGGUGUGGAGCCUCGCAAAGAAGCGUAAUGGGCGGUGAUGCGAUUUUAGGAUUACAACGGUAUUGGGACAGGUCUCCGGCGCUUUCUCCGAUUCCAAAAGUUCAAAACUUUCGCCUGAAAUGA